AUGCCUCGUCUUUCGACUCGGAAGCGGCAAGUGGUAAGCUACGACAACGACACUAACGGGGCGGCUCCCAAAACCACCCACAACUUAAAGACAGACGUCAGGGAACUGGUAACGAAAACCGUCGGCAAGCGAAAGUUAGACUCCGCAACUGAAGGGGAAGAGGGCACGCAGAAUAAAACACAAGCUAAGAGACCUAAGGCGAAGGCAAAGGCGAAGGCAACGGCUGAAGACAGCACAAUGAAGUUGGCUGAAAGGACGACCGUAUCUUCCCUAGCCAAGGCCAUGUACAUUGGCGCACAUGUCAGUGCCGCUGGAGGGGUCCAAAACGCCGUCUCCAACGCCGUCCAGAUUGGGGCCAACUCAUUCGCCCUCUUUCUCAAGUCUCAACGGAAAUGGGACAACCCCCCAAUCUCCACCGAGGCCCGCGACCUGUUCAUUGGCAACUGCAAAGAGCACGGUUACGCUGCCGCAGAGCAUGCCCUGCCGCAUGGGUCGUAUCUCGUCAACCUGGCGCAAGCGGACGAGUCCAAGGCCGCACAAGCCUACAAGAGCUUCGUCGACGACCUCGAAAGAUGUGAACAACUCGGGAUCAAGUUGUACAACUUCCAUCCUGGCUCAACCGGAGGGGGAGCCCGACCGGCGGCGAUUGGCAGAAUUGCCGCGCAACUAAACCGGUCCCACAAGGCGACAAAAUCAGUGAUUACAGUCCUGGAGAACAUGGCUGGUGCGGGCAAUGUCAUAGGCUCGACGUGGGAAGAUUUGAGAGACAUCAUCGCGCUGGUAGAGCAAAAGGAUCGGGUGGGCGUCUGCAUAGACACCUGCCAUGCAUUCGCAGCUGGCCACGACUUACGGACCGCCGAGGCGUUCGAAAAGACUAUGAAGGCAUUCGACGAGGCUGUCGGGUAUGAAUACCUCAAGGCGUUCCAUCUGAAUGACAGCAAAGCCCCCUUCAAGUCCAAUCGAGACCUGCACGCAAAUAUUGGAACGGGCUUUCUUGGCCUCCGCGCUUUUCAUUGCAUCAUGAACUUCGAUGGUUUUCGUGGCAUGCCCAUGGUCCUCGAGACGCCCAUCGAUAAGAAAGGCCCCGACGGAAAGACAGUCGAAGACAAGCAAAUCUGGGCCGAUGAAAUCAAGCUACUAGAGAGCCUCAUCGGAAUGAACCCAGAGAGCAAUGAGUUCAAGGAGAAGGAGCAAGAACUUCAGGUCAAAGGUGUAGCAGAGCGCAGCAGAAUUCAAGACCAGGUUGACAAAAAGUCAGUCAAGGAUGCUAAGAAGGGUUCAAGGGUGAAGUCCCUCGUGAAACCGCGGAAGAAGGGGCAAGAUUCGGGCGAAGAGAGCGACUAG